AUGGAUAUCAUCGGAAAGAUUCAUCCGUCAUCCUCCAAAGGACAAUCAUUCAUAUUAGUGGCCACUGAUUAUUUCACAAAGUGGAUCGAAGCUGUACCAUUGGCCAACGUGACAUAUCAAGAAGUGGUUAAGUUUAUCAAGGAACACAUUAUUCACCGGUAUGGAAUUUCACAAACGAUUACCGCCGAUCAAGGUAUUGUGUUUACCAGUAACAAAGUAGCCACAUUUGCCACACAAUACGGGAUCACUCUUUUGAAUUCGUCCCCGUAUUAUGCACAGGAAAACAGGCAGGCCGAAGCAGCCAAUAAAGUCUUAGUCGGAGUAAUUAAAAAGGUUGUGGAAGACAAUCCGAGAAGGUUGCACAAAGUGUUGGGUAAAGAUUUAUGGGCCUGUAAGCAAUACCGAAGUAAAGGUACCAGUUGCACCCCGUUCCAUCUGGUCUAUGGACAAGAAGUGAUAUUGCAAUUGGAAAUCACGGUGCCAUCUUUACGAGUCUUGAAACAGAAUUUGCUCAGCCAUGAGCAAUAUGAUACUGCCAUGUUACAAAGGUUGGUUGACGUACAUGAAGAUCGGAUGAUGGGUUUGGAGAAUAUCUUAGUGAAUAAAGCGAAAGUGGUACGAGCUUACAACAAAAAAGUACACCGACGAGCAUUCAACGAAGAAGAUUUGGUGGGGAAGGCAGUGUUACCUAAAGGCUUCAAAGAUAACACGUUUGGGAAAUGGUCUCCUACAUGGGAAGGACCGUAUCAAGACUUUUCCAGACCGCUAACAAAAUGGAAACAGGUUGUGGAGCCGCUUUCAGAAAGAAAGCAAGCAAUGGAGCCAUUUUCAGAAAGAAAGCAGGUUGUGGAGCCACUAAGGAAAGAGGUUGUGGAGUCACUUUCAGAAAGAAAGUAG